AUAGGAACACAAGAUUGCAAAAUACUCUUUUUAACAUCUGACGUAUAAGAAAGAGUCUACUCUCUCUUACUUUCUGCCUGUUUGCUGUUCUGAAGUUCGUCCUCAGUGCAGGUCAACAGGAUAAGAACAGCUCCGGUACAAUGGCAGCCUUUCUUCAUCACUGCCCCUUCCUGAAGUCUGUCCCACAUCCAGCUUUAAGAAGAACUGGAGCUGCUUUGCUGUCUCUGGCCGACCAAUGUCCCAUCAUCGCUCGGCAGAUCACCGUGAGCGGCACGUCCUCUCUGGAGGCCAAGCUGGGCUCCUCGCCCACCAAACCCAACGGCCAGCUUCCAACAGUGGAGCAAAAGAGGAAGUUUGCUCAAACCGCAACUCAGGUGGCGGUGUCUGCAUCGAAGGGCUGCCCCUUCGUCAGCUCACAGAUUGGGAUGGUUAAAGCUAGCCCUGAGGUUCAGGAGGACGUCGAAGGUGGUUUGAUGACCUCUCUGUUGAAAGGCGUAAAAGAGUCCGUGUUUUCAACUUCUCAUCAAACCAGCAUGGACAUCCAACUCAAUGACAACAUGGUUGGACCCAGUUACGAUUAUGAUAGCUUCUUCAAGGAAAUGAUUGAAGAGAAAAAGAAGGACCACACUUACAGAGUGUUUAAGACCGUAAACAGGAGCGCCAAGCAAUUCCCCCAUGCCGAGGAUUACUCCCUUUCUGCAAGAAAGGCCUCUCAGGUCUCAGUGUGGUGCAGCAACGACUAUCUGGGAAUGAGCCGGCACCCAAAGGUCCUUGGUGCCAUCAGAGAUGCCCUGGAGAAUCACGGUGCAGGAGCUGGAGGGACCCGGAACAUCUCCGGCACCAGCAACUUCCACGUUUCUAUGGAAAAGGAGCUCGCUCAACUGCACAAGAAAGAUGCUGCUUUGGUGUUUUCCUCCUGCUUUGUUGCAAAUGACUCCACCCUCUUCACUCUGGCAAAAAAUCUCCCAGGCUGCGAGAUCUACUCUGAUGCAGGGAACCAUGCGUCAAUGAUCCAAGGCAUCAGGAACAGCAGGGCCAAGCGCUUCAUCUUCCGCCACAAUGACAGCCGACACCUGGAGGAACUGCUGCAGCGCUCCGACCCGAAGACUCCAAAGAUCGUGGCGUUUGAGACCGUGCACUCCAUGGAUGGUGAGUCCACUGUAAUGGCAACAAACUUUAUUCUAGUUUGUGCUCUACAGUUGUUGUUGUUGUUGUUGUUGUGUGUG